AUGAAAUUUGGGGUCGGCAGUAUACGAAGGAUUGGACGGUUUUAUUCUACUAAUAACACAGUGACGGAUAAAGUACGAUCUAUGAUGCGAAAGGUACCUCAACCUGUAGUAGUAGUGACAACAGCAGAACAGAACGAACCUAGUCAUCGACGUGGUAUUACAGUUUCUUCGUUUACUUCACUUUGUCUUCAUCCUGAACCUAUGGUAUCUUUUUGUGUACGUAUUCCUUCAAGAGCUUCUGAUGUAUUACAUUCUUCUGGUAGUAUGGUUGUCAAUAUGCUUAGUCGAGAACAAGUAUCACAAUCGAUUGCGUUUUCAUCACCACAAGCCGAACAAUUCAAGGAUAUUCCAUAUUACGACGAUUCAGCUACAGGUCUACCGGUAUUAAUGGGUACUUUGGGAUCUAUGCAUUGUAAUAAAGUACAAGUAAUAAAGACAGGUGAUCAUGAACUUUGGAUUGCUCGAGUGAUCAAGGUAGAAGAAGGAGUAGGCGGACAACGUGGUACACGACAAGAAGCGCAACCAUUAUUAUAUUAUGAACGUGGUUAUCGAGCUGUUGGUGAAGAAAUAUUUAUGAAUGCAUAUGAAAAUUGUACACUGGAUACUAGACAUUGGAUGCACCGGGCACAUUUACGAAUGGCAUGGAAUUAUUUACGAGAAACAGGGGAUACAAACAAAGCAACAUCACUGAUCAAACAUCAAUUGAAAAUUCAUUUUGCCAAGAAUGAACAACUUGAAUAUCAUGAAACAAUUACUAGUUUUUAUAUUUAUUUAAUAGAUUUAGCGAUCAAGACCAAUAGAAGUAAGGAUAAGGAUGAUUUUUUUGAAUUGAUGGAACGAUAUCCAAUAUUAACAGAUCGACAAUCUAUACAACACUAUUAUUCCCCACAAUUAUUAAAAUCAGAAUUAGCUAAAUCCACUUUUGUUUUACCUGAUUUAAAACCUUUACCCUUAGAAUUAAUAGAUGACAAUCAUAAUAAUAAAGAACAUUGA